UGCAACUUCCGGCUUGCUGCAUUGCGAGAGGCCCAAAAAGAGGCGAUCUCGGUUGUUGACCUGCUUCCUUUCUUUUCUUUUGUAUCUAGAUGACUAAAUCGAUGCAUACAUGUGCUUGCAUAUUCGACAUCUACACCUGCCACAUCCCCAGCAACACAUCGUCGCAUUCUCAAUUCAAACCCUCCACCACCUCUCACUCCCAUGGAGUCAUGGCUAUCGUGGACUAGCCUUUUCUGGGCUGCCACUUUUGUUACUAUGGCCUGCCUAUCCACAAUCAUUACCUUCAUGUAUGCGCUCGCCAAAUCCCAAAACAGCCAAGUCCCCCAAUGGCGCUCGCGAAACACGCCCAUCCAUCUCCUCAUUGUCCUCGGUAGCGGUGGACACACGGCCGAGAUGUUCUCCAUGCUGCGGCGCAUGAAAUUAGAUCCCUCCAAGUUCACUCAUCGAACCUACGUCGUGAGCUCUGGGGACAACUUCAGCGCGACCAAAGCCGUCGAGUUCGAAACCACGGAUCUGCGAAAAAAGAUCAACACCAAUGGGGAAACCACAGCGACAGGCUCCUACAGCAUCGUCACAGUGCCGCGCGCACGUCGUGUACAUCAAUCCUUCCUGACUGCGCCCUUUUCCACCAUCCAAUCUUUCUGGUCCUGUCUUCUGGUGCUACGUGGCCUCCAUCCGGAUCAACAGUCACUCGUAUCUUCGCGCUUACCCUCGCCGUAUCCCGACAUCAUCCUCACCAAUGGCCCCGCCACAGCGGUCUGCGUUGUCCUGGCCGCUAGAUUGCUGCGACUGUGGUUCUUCCUGUGCGGUGUCUUUUCCGUCGGGCGCGGAACUAAGUCGGGUACGUCAGCGCCGAGCGACUUUCAACUGCGGACCAUUUUUGUCGAAUCGUGGGCUCGAGUGAAAACCUUGAGUCUCUCGGGUAAGCUCCUGCUGCCUUUUGCAGACCGAUUUCUCGUCCAGUGGCCCGGAUUGGAGGGGAAGAAGGCCUGGCCCGGAAUGAAGGAGACGGAAUACGUCGGUCCACUCGUGGAUUGAAUGAUCCUCGACGACUCUGCGACUUUUCUACUUCAUUGUGUGUUGCGUUUUCGAUUCCCUGUAUCAGUGCAGCGUACAUGAUACCCCGAAAUAAUUUCCAAUCAAUUAC